AUGGUUAGGGAUGGGCCAAACUGGUUCUUAGUUGAGUCUAUUGGCGAUAAGGAUUAUUUAGAGGUUUUUAGUUUCUAUGAAACGCUUAAGUCGCUAACAGCACAAAAGGGGUCUUACUCAGCGAGCUUUAAUAGUGCGCGAUCGUAUUCAGGCGAGAAGUAUAUGUAUCCUCAAGGAUCAGUAGAGCUGUGUAUAAGGGUAGCACUCUAUGGUCUUGGUGGUAUUAGUAACGCGGAACGUUUUUAUCUAGUGUACGCUUCUAUUGCGAAAGAAUGUAAUAUACCUAGAUAUAAUAAUCUAAAAGCUGAUUUACUAUUACUCAUUUAA